AUGCCGUCGUUACCAUCCUCCGUCGAUCUAGACGAGUGCAUCUCGCGCCUCUACAAAAAGGAACUCCUGGCCGAGUCCGUCAUCGAGGCAGUAUGUGCCAAGACAAAGGAGCUCCUCAUGCGCGAGAGCAACGUCGUCCACGUCAAGGCCCCAAUCACCGUUGUCGGCGACAUCCACGGCCAGUUCUACGACCUCAUCGAGAUAUUCAGAAUCGGGGGCUACUGCCCCGAUACCAACUACCUGUUCCUAGGCGACUACGUUGAUCGUGGCAUGUUCAGCGUCGAGACGAUAUCGCUACUCGUUUGCUUAAAGCUCCGAUACCCCGAACGCGUGCACCUAAUCCGCGGUAACCACGAGUCGCGCGGCGUUACGCAGUCGUACGGAUUCUACACCGAGUGCUCGCGCAAAUAUGGCAACGCCAACGUGUGGCACUACUUUACAGACAUGUUCGAUUUCUUGACCCUAAGUGUCGUCAUCGACAACCAGAUUUUCUGCGUCCACGGAGGUCUCUCGCCCUCUAUACACUCCAUCGACCAAAUCAAAAUCAUAGAUCGCUUCAGAGAAAUCCCCCACGAAGGGCCCAUGGCCGAUCUCGUAUGGUCCGAUCCAGAUCCCGACCGAGACGAAUUCUCGCUUUCACCCCGCGGUGCGGGCUAUACGUUUGGUGCGCAAGUCGUCAAAAAGUUCUUGGCGGUCAACAACAUGUCACAUAUCCUCCGGGCCCACCAGCUCUGUCAGGAGGGCUUCCAAGUGCUCUACGACGACCGCCUAAGUACCGUAUGGAGUGCGCCGAAUUAUUGUUACAGAUGCGGCAACAUGGCUAGUGUGCUCGAGGUCAAUACGCAGGGCGAGAGGUUCUUCAACGUGUUCGCAGCGGCACCGGAGAAUGACCAGCACAAGGAUAUGCAGCAGGGGAUGGAGAAGACGGCGGACGGAAAUUCGCUCCCCGAUUACUUCUUAUAA